AUGGAUGUACCAGGCUAUGCUUUGAUCACAGGGGCAGCCUCGGGCAUUGGCAGGGCAUGUGCAAACACGUUUGCCACGGAUGGUGCGGCAGGUAUCGCGCUAUUGGACAUCAACCAUGAUGUGUUAAUACAGGUGAAAACAGAGGUCGAGAAGCGGUGCACCGAGCGUGAAGGGAAGUCUUGCCGAGUCGAAGUCUUCACGGUAGAUGUGAGGAAUGAAGAACAGGUCAUUCAGGCUGUGAAUGGCGCGGCUCAAAUAUUUGGGCGACUCGAUUAUGUCGUCAAUGCCGCUGGACUGGCAAUGAAGCAUGCCGGUGGUGCGAUAUACGCAGAAACAAGUGAUUGGCAACGCAUUAUCGAUGUCAAUCUCACGGGUACAUUUUUCGUCCUGAAAGCAGCAGCCAAGAUUAUGCUGAAGCAGGAACCAAUUCUCUCUAGCAUUGAUGGACGACCCUUGCAGCGUGGCUCGAUUGUUAAUUUCGGAUCGAUACUGGGUGCCGUUGGCGUGCCCAUGUCGACUGCCUACACGGCGUCUAAACACGGAGUCCUUGGUCUGACCAAGACAGCCUCGGAAGACUAUGCAAAGGAUGGCCUCCGGAUUAACGCCAUUUGUCCAGGCUACACGGAGACUCCCAUGACGACUCAAUCAGAGUUAGUAUUGCAGGUUAUGAAGGAGAAAGUAGCGACCAGUGUUCCGAUGGGACGGAUGGGAACGGCCAGAGAAAUUGCCGAUGGCGUUGUCUAUUUGUCCGGUGGAAGGAGUUCGUUUGUAACUGGGACAGCAUUGUUCGUAGACGGAGGGUACACACAAAGGUGA